AUGGGGCUAAUCAGAGGCUCUCUGGUUGUACAGUUUUUAAUCCUUUUUGUUGUCCACUUUUGCCAGGCUGACGAUGUGUUCCUGGAGGCCCGGGAUGCAUUUUCUCUGUUGAAGCGAGAUCGACGAGCCAACAGUUUCUUUGAAGAGGCAAGAGCAGGAGAUUUAGAGCGAGAAUGUAUAGAGGAAUAUUGUGACCAUGAGGAGGCCCGUGAAGUGUUCGAGAAUGACCAGCAAACAUUGCAAUUUUGGGACAUCUAUGAUGCUUGUGUUGGUGAGAGAAUGGGCGAUUCCCCUCCAAAAUACCUGAAAUAUUGCCUGCAUGGAAAAUGCUAUCAAGGAAUUGGCUCCAGUUACAAGGGCAAUAUUUCAAUGACAUUGUCUGGAAGGGAAUGUCAGUACUGGUCGAGCAACUAUCCACACAGACCAAUAUAUAAUCCAGAAUCACACAACCAAUCUGACCUUACUGAUAACUAUUGCCGAAAUCCAAGUGACAGUCAUAUGGGGCCGUGGUGUUACACGAAAGACCCAGCAGUCCAAACAGAAGCAUGUUACAUUCCGCGUUGUGGUGAAGAAUUGCCACCAUUGCCGACAAAACCGCCAAAGCCAGUCUCAGUUGAUCCUUGUAUCCCAAAUCAAGGAGUAGGCUACAGAGGAACUCUGAAUGUAACUCGAACAGGAAAGCAUUGCCAGGAUUGGAACUCACAAUACGCUCACAAGCUCAAUUUUACCAAAGAGGAAAUGAUAUCAGCUAACCUAGAAAGAAACUACUGCAGGAAUCCAGAUGAAGAUGAAGAUGGUGCCUGGUGUUUCAUCAGUGACCCUGAAAUGGAAAUGGAUUACUGUAAACUCAAUUACUGCGACGACCUUGUGGAUGUAUUCCAAGCCUCAUCAGAGGAGGACCAAACCACAUUUGCUGGUCGAACAACACAGACUGAAUACAAGACUUCCUUCAGUCCUAAAUUUUUUGGUAAAGGAGAGAGUGAAUGUGGUCUGAGAGCAUUGUUCGAACGCAAAAACAAAGAAGAUCAAGGAGAAAGGUCAAUGUUGGAAUCCAUCCGUGAGCGGAUUGUGCAUGGCAAGGAAGUUGAAAUAGGGAGUGCCCCAUGGCAAGUGAUGCUGUACCGUAAAAGACCACAGAUGUUGCUAUGUGGCGGCAGUCUAGUGAGUGACGAGUGGGUUCUUACCGCGGCGCAUUGUGUCUUGUAUCCACCAUGGGACAAGAAUUUCACGGAAAAAGAUAUCGUUGUCCGGCUUGGGAAGCAUAAUCGAACUGGGUAUGAAAGCAGAAGAGAAAAAGUCUUUGCACUCGACAAAAUUAUUGUUCAUCCCAAAUAUGACUGGAAAACAAACCUUAACCGUGAUAUUGCAUUAUUGCAUUUGAAGAAAUCCACUGUAUUCACUGACUAUAUAUCACCCAUCUGUCUACCCAACAUGGAUGUCACCAGUAGGUUAUUACAAAGUCAGCACUUGGGCCGGAUCACAGGCUGGGGAAACCUACAGGAAAGCUUUGUGAGCACUAAAUCUGUGAGGCCUCAGGUUCUGCAGGGUGUCCAGGUUCCCAUCGUCGACCAUGCGACCUGUAAAUCAUCCACCAAUAUUCACGUGACAAAAAACAUGUUCUGUGCCGGUCACAGUCCAGAGUCUGGCCUGCAUGGAGAUGCCUGUGAGGGGGACAGCGGGGGUCCUUUUGUAAUGAAGAAUCCAGAAAAUAAUCGAUGGUACCUGAUAGGAAUUGUCUCCUGGGGAGAAGGAUGUGACAGGGAUGGAAAGUACGGAUUCUACACUCAUGUAUUCAGGUUCAGAAAGUGGUUGAUGAAAGCUAUACAGAGCAUGAGGCCUGCAUAAGAGAACUAAAGGUUACAAUGUUUGACUUAAAAGAGGGCAUGGCUAUUUUACGAUAUCAGCAGAAGGAAUUAAGGAUAAAUUUGAUGUUGAUACAUGAUUCAGUCAUUCCCUGUGCUUGAAGUAUU